AUGUAUUAACAAAACUAAGUUAUUUAUCAAUAAAAUCCUUAGUAACAAAAUCCAGUAUAACAACAUCGGGAUUACAAUGUUCCUCCACCCGGUAUUAUGAUGGUUGAUUGAAUUCUAAGGUUAUAAAGCUCCGAGGUAUCCUAGAGAAGAGCUACCUGAAAAUCAAGAGCAGAAUUUAGAUUUGGGUGGUUCAUAUUAGAGUUAUCUUUACAAUUGUGGAGAAUGUUGUGGUAAUUGUAAGGCAGUGUGUCCCUGUAAUCCAUUUGUUGAGUAUCCUUAUAUUCAAGUUGAAUAGAGUUUUGUUGGAGUUUACUUGCGUUUUGGGAAGUACAUAAAGACAGGUAUGGAGAGUGAAAUAAGGUAGUUUAACCUGGAUUGAUAUACAUAAACCCUUGCACGGACACAAUAUAGAAGGUGGAUUGCAAAGUGUAGAUGAUCGAUUGUCCAAGAUAAUAAGUUAUGACGAAGGAUAAUAUUUUGGUUAGCAUUGAUGCAACGGUUUACUAUAGAAUAGUGAUACCUCGGAGAUCAAUCUUUUACAUAAAUGAUUUGCAUUAGGCAGUAACUCAAUUGACAUUGGCAACAAUAAAGAGCAUUGCAGGGUCUCACACAUUGUAGGAUCUCUUGGAGAAGAGAGCAGAGGUGCAACAAUAAAUAGAGGGGUUUGUGGAUGAGCAUGUGUGGGAAUGGGGAAUAGACAUAGAAAACAUGUUGAUCAAGGAUAUUCAAUUGAAUGCCGAUUUGUAGAAUACUUUGUCAAUGGCAGCAAAAGAGCAGAGAGCUGCUUAAGCCAAGGUGAUUUCAGCUUAAGGAGAUGUGCAAUCAGCCAAAUUGAUGAGGUAGGCAGCAGAGUUGUUGGAUUCGAAGGCAGCGAUGUAAAUUAGAUAUUUAGAUACUAUAACAACAUUGGGGUAGUAGGGAUCAACGAAGGUUGUGUUGCUCCCUACAGAUUCUAAAUGAUUAAUUUAUAUAUAUUGGGUGAG